AUGGAAGGUAAUAGAGGCAACGUCAACUGCAAUGACAUGUCGCCGCUAUUGCUUGCGAUCUGCGUGAAUCUCAUCGUAGUUGUUCGCAUAUUUAUGGAUCAGACAGUUAAUAAUCACCAUAGAAAGUUUUUCCAACGACGGUUAAGUGAAUAUCACCACCACAACACCACCGCAGCUGUAGAUUCCGGCGACAACUCGUUUUUUCUGGCGAUCCUUUUCAUUUUCCGUUCAUCCGAUUGUCAAAGACAUGUCGCAUCCCAAUACUUUCAAAAUUCUCAAUCUGUUAAAGAUGAUAUUGAAGUUGGUCCACCAACAGGAUGUCAUGGAGGUGACGGUGAUGACGAGCCACCACAUCUGUUCGGUGAAGGUUUUAGUGAUCACCAGAUUGAUGAGGCAGGGCAGUAA